AAAAAGAAAGAAGAAAAGGAAAAGAGAAAAGAAAAAAGAAACAAAAAAGUGGAAACUUUUUUCCCCUGUUAACUUCAAGUUCUGAAAAAAUCAAAAUGGAUUUAGAGAAAAAUUACCCGACUCCUCGGACCGGCAGGACAGGACAUGGAGGAGUGAAUCAGCUUGGGGGGGUUUUUGUGAAUGGACGGCCACUCCCGGAUGUAGUCCGCCAAAGGAUAGUGGAACUCGCUCAUCAAGGUGUCAGGCCCUGUGACAUCUCAAGGCAGCUUCGAGUCAGCCAUGGUUGUGUCAGCAAAAUUCUCGGCAGGUAUUAUGAGACGGGGAGCAUCAAGCCUGGAGUAAUUGGAGGAUCCAAACCAAAGGUCGCCACGCCCAAAGUGGUGGAAAAAAUCGCUGAGUAUAAACGCCAAAAUCCCACCAUGUUUGCCUGGGAGAUCAGGGACCGGCUGCUGGCGGAACGGGUGUGUGACAAUGACACGGUGCCCAGCGUCAGUUCCAUCAACAGGAUCAUCCGGACGAAAGUACAACAACCACCCAACCAGCCAGUCCCAGCUUCCAGUCACAGCAUAGUGUCCACGGGCUCCGUGACGCAGGUGUCCUCGGUGAGCACGGACUCGGCCGGCUCCUCGUACUCCAUCAGCGGCAUCCUGGGCAUCACGUCCCCCAGCGCCGACACCAACAAGCGCAAGAGGGAUGAAGGUAUUCAGGAAUCUCCAGUGCCCAACGGUCACUCACUGCCGGGCAGAGAUUUCCUCCGGAAGCAGAUGCGGGGAGACCUGUUCACGCAGCAGCAGCUGGAGGUGCUGGACCGCGUGUUUGAGAGGCAGCACUACUCGGACAUCUUCACCACCACGGAGCCCAUCAAGCCCGAGCAGUGGUGCCCCGUGCUGAUGAGACAAUACUUGGUGCAGCCCCAGGCAGUCCUUUUCCAGACCACUGAGUAUUCAGCGAUGGCCUCGCUGGCUGGAGGGCUGGACGACAUGAAGGCCAACCUGACCAGUCCCACCCCUGCCGACAUCGGGAGCAGCGUGCCUGGACCACAGUCCUACCCCAUUGUGACAGGCCGUGACUUGGCGAGCACGACCCUCCCUGGGUACCCUCCGCACGUCCCCCCCGCUGGACAGGGCAGCUACUCAGCACCGACGCUGACAGGGAUGGUGCCUGGGAGUGAGUUUUCCGGGAGCCCCUACAGCCACCCUCAGUAUCCCUCGUACAACGACUCCUGGAGGUUCCCCAACCCGGGGCUGCUCGGCUCCCCGUACUAUUACAGCGCCGCGGCCCGAGGAGCUGCCCCACCUGCGGCCGCCACUGCCUACGACCGUCACUGACCCUCGGAGCCAGGCGGGCGCCAAGCACUUAUAACACAUAUCACUGAGGGCGAUAGCCUCUCAGCCCCUCCGAAGACAGCCAGAGAGGCCCAGUGAGACCAUCCCCCAGCAAUCCCCUCUCGCCUGAAACUCCCUCCCAACCUUUUCCUGCCAGGGAGCUGGGGUUCUAUGGUAAGGCCAUUGGACUUCUAGACACACAUCCAUUUCUAAGAGUCAAUCAGUGAGCUUCUCCCAACAGCAACCAGGUCUCUGCAAAGCCACAGACUAUUCUGCAGACAACUGUAGCCCUAGCCUUGCCUGCCAGUCCCCAGCUGACUGACCAUCCACCUGUCUUCCUGCCCCAGGCCUGGGAAGGAGAGCUUGCUUUUGUCACUUCAACAGCACCCGUGUAAAUACCUUCUUGCUUUUCUGUGGGCCUGAGGGUCCAACUGAGCAGACUGCCCACCCAUUAUGCAUCCAGUACUCCUGAUGUGUCACAGGACAUCUUAGACCUGUGUGCAGAGCAUCCCCUCUGUCCUGGCUGCCCCCUACAGGUGGGCUCGGAGUUGUCCUUGAGACUAAGGAUGCCCACCUCCGGGCACAGCCUCCUGCUCAUUGCUACUUCUUUAACGUCUGGACUAAGAGGCUCAUCAGGCUGGUUAUGCUUCAAGCUUCCCCCCUGAGAUCCCUCCUCGGGAGAAACACACUGGAGAGAUGCCCUGCCUUCCUGACUCCAUUUUUUUGGCCCCAGUGCAGUGUGAGCAGCUCUUUUCCAUAUCAAAGGACUCAGAACAAUGAACUGUUUGGGAGAUUCCUCAGCUACAAAGUCUAAAGAUACUGUCCAAGGUGCUGACUGCAUUGUGGACUUGGAAUCCUGGGGCUGGACAGGACCCAGAAGACCAUAGUCCAAGGCUGGGACUCCCAAGCCCCUGGAACCACUGAACUGAACUGGGAUGUAUUUUCUGAGGCAUGCCCAGGCUCAAAUCACAUUGGACACCCACCAUGGACAUUUCUCCCACCCUCCAGGAUGCCAGAAAGUGGAUUCUGGGCAAGCCUGUCCCUGGCACAUAGACAAUAAUUAACAGAAAAGACAUUAUUGCACUGAGGACCACUCACACCUACAGCAGUCAGCCAGAGCUUCCCAAUUAGCCCCUCCCUGUCCCCGUGGAGCCUAGUAUACAGCUAGGAAUAGAGGUGCUGGGGUAGGAGCAGAUGCCUAACUUUGUAUAGUGGGUAUAUACCUAUUGAUGCAAGGGGUAGUGACGGUCAGGGCCAUGGCCAAGGACCGUGGGAGCUUGGAGACCUCAGUGGAUGCUGGAGUGGUCAGAAAAAACACUUGGGAAGAUGUGGGGGACAGAGGAAGGCCUUUCAGUAGGGGAGCAAGAUCAGCAGUAAGGAACUGCUGUGUGAACUGGGAGUGGUUUUGAAAUAGGCGUGCCAGGGGCCACCAUCCCUUUGCCUGGAGCCUCAAUUCUUUCAGUAGUCUUUCUUGCCAAGUCAGAACAACAAGAUGAAGGCCCUGUCCCAAUCUAGGCUUAAUUACAUAGAUGAAAAUGGACUUUGCCGUCUUGUGUGACAGGGUCUCUGAUGUUUGCAUGUCACCAAGUUGGCAAAGAGCUGGGGCAGUGCACAGCCUGGGGUUACUGGGCCUGGGAGGUCUUGUCCUGGCCACACCACUUCUUUGCUGUGUGACCUCGGACAAGACCUUCCCCUUUGAGCCUCGGCUGCCUUGGUAUAGCUGGGUCACCUACAAGGCCAUCCUCCAGUUAUCUCCUUGCCUUCCUCUUUCCCAGGGUGCUGGGGCUGUAACUGGGCCAUCCGGGGGCAGGUCUUCUACUUCUGAGCAAGCAUAGGGGGUGGGCAUCUAUGUCCUACUAAUAUUUAGACCAAAUGGGAAAUAAGAACACGCAGAGGGAUGGGAAUCUGCCUUGAAAAGAUCUAGUCCAGCUCCCCCCAGGGGAAAUUGAGGCCCAGUUUGGGGAAGCCUAGGACAAUGCACGGAAAUAGAACAGAUCUCUGGCCACCACGCGUUUUCUCCCCAACAUCCUACAAGGUGGUGGGAGAGAAGAGGAAACCGGGGCUCAACAAGGUGGAGUCCCCAGGCAGUGACUGGCAGAGGUGGGGCUAAGAUUCAGCCUCCUGACCCCUGGCACAAGGUGAUCCCUCCAUCCCUGGGGAGGGAAGUUGACAGCAAGGGCAGUGGGAAAUCGUUCUGGGCCCACUGCCACAGAUGGAAAGUCCUGAGCUAUUAGUGACAAGGAGGCCAAGCCACCCAGGGCAGAGGUGGAGCCAGGGCGCUCCCUGCAGGCACACCCACCACCUUGGAACCUGCUGGGCGAAGAAGGGAGGUAGCUUCGGGCAGAGCCCACCUCCAGGAACAGGAUGAACUAGCUCCAGCCUCCACCUGCCAGGCAAGGUAGGAGAAGGUACGGUAGCUGGCCUCUCCUUUCCUCCCUCCUUCCCUCCUGCAGGAAUGGGUGGGCCCAGGGGUCUGCAGAUCAGGCCUUUGGCCUUUUGUACCCAUACCUUUGGUCCACGUCCCCCCUUGUGGUCUCAGGCUAUUGGGAAGUUGGCCUUCCCUGAACCAACUGCUUAAAGCAAACACUGUCCUUCCUCAUCAGAGCCCAGCUGGUACCCUUCUGUUCCUUCUCGUGCCCUAUGAUGAGCUCGGUCCAUGCCUUUCCUACGCCCCCUGAGGCUCUGCUGGUCUUCAGAUCGCAUUUGUACUUAUAAGACAACCCUUGAUUCCUGGGCUGCCGGGCAGAAGCACAAGAGCACAAGGAUGUACGCGCACGUUCUCACACAAGUACCUGCUCUCCCCAGCCCAGAGUCCACGCGCUGCGUGGUGGAACUGCCUGGGAGCUUAGAGAGAAAGGUUCCAAAGGACACAAGCCGUUGAGUAAAUGCCAGAGAAUUCUGAAUGGAAAACAAGGCCAGGGCUUUCACCAGCACUCUGGCUGGAGGCCUGGGGUACUCCUCCACAGGUCUUCAGCCCUAUGUUCCGGCUCUGACUUUCAGAAAGGACCCUGUGGAUUUUAAGAAGUUUCAUACCAUUAGUCUAGCUCCAGCCUUGAAAAAUCUGAGGACAUAUCAAAUCCAGCCUCCCUUUACCAAGGCGCCUUAGUUAGGGUUAGCCCUUUCAUAACUCAUAUUUAUAUGGUGCUUUGCAAUCCUUGACCAUUCCCUGGGGCAAAGAUCACAAUACGCACUCUAGAGAUGGGAAAACCAAGAUUUGGGGCUUGCAUGGCAAGACAGAGGUGAGGUGAAUUCUCAGAUCUCUGGGCCUCAUUCUCUUUCCACAGAAAUUGUGCUCUUGUCAUGGGAGCAUAUGGCUUAGACAUACCCUUCAAUCCCUGGAAACCCCCUGUACCCACAAUGAGGAAAGAAAGAACAGAGACCUAGAGGCUGGCCUGACCAAAUGGCCUGAGGCUUGGUGGCUUUGCUGGUCUACUGUGGUUUCCAUGAACACCAAACCUACAAAGUCUUUGCCCAGAUUCCUUCACUUCAGUGCUGCUGAGGUUUCGUUCACGUUUCCUCCCUGCUGGAUCCUGAGACUCUGAAGGGAUCAGAGCACAUCCAAGACCACACCAUUGGCCUUGGCGAGGCCUGGACGUGGGCCUGCCUCUGAUUCCCAGGGUCUAAGGUUCCAGGGGUUACAAGAUGUCCCCUCACUGUGGCUCUGACUUCAGACCUGUCUGUGACAACAUGUAAGCAUUCCCCAGCCAGGCCCUGGUGGCGGCCACAGGCCUGGGAAACACAGACUGCAGUCUCCAGGCCCCUGAACUACUGUUCCCCAGUCAGGCAGGUAGAGUCCUCUUGCCACUCAGGUGGGGCGUGAGGAGGCAUGGGGGGUAGGACCUGGCCCCAUCCAGGGGCAUUCAAAGGUGGAAACUUUUUAAAUGCUUUUUCAGCCAAAAGAAUAGGUUUGUGGGCCAUGUUUGAUCCACUGGCUCCUAGCUCGUGACCCAAUAAUUUUUGUCUAGUGCUACCUUUCUUCUUCACCUCCUGCCUUUCACUGAAGACGGGAGCCCAGCGAGAUGGGAGACGUGCUUC